AUGACGUCUUGUCCAGUGUCAAAGUCCCGACCUGUUCUUAGUACUACACGACGUAGUAAUCAAGGAGGUGUAGCCAUGUCAUUAGAACUACGUCCACCACGUGAAUUGCUGGCUAAAAUUGGUCUUAGUGGAAAAGAAGUGGUAAAAAUCAUUAAAGCUCGGGGGUGGGAGAUUGUUGAGCCCCAUGGAUUACAACAACAAAAUUUAUAUUACAUUCCAGGGGUAAAUGAUAAUAAGACAACUCAAAUGAAACAGAACGAAACAUUUUUUGUGGGAGAGGGUGAAUUGUAUGCAUUUAUUCUACAAAAGGGUGGAUUACGGUACUUGUUGCCCGAUGAAGAAUUGUCGGAUCUAGAACCAAGCAUACAGUCGGACGUGGAACCGACUCAGUCGGACGAACGUUAUGGAGAAACGAUACAGGAUGAUCAUGAAAGUGAUGACCAUGAAACAACCGACGACCAGCUACUGGGCAAUUCAUCAUCCGAUCGUCGGAAAUGGAAAAGACGGAAGAGAUUGUCGACGGCGAGAAAGAGAUCGACGGAAGUGGUUGAGACGACAAUAGUUGAUCGCCUGCCGUCGCCACCUUUGAAAAGACGACGACGAGGUUUUGCGAAACAGAGCGUAAAAAUGUCAGAAGAUAAAGAAAUGAAUCAAGAUUGGAAGGAGGUUCAAGUGCGUCCACGAGCCAAGUUUGAACACGUUUCGUAUACUGGAAUUGAACAAGAAAAGGAAUUUACAAUGUAUCAAAAGUCACUAAAAGCACGAGGAUGGAGAGCUCAAUUGUUGCAAGAUAUUGAUGUGCAUUUACUGCGAUCUACUGCCGAUGUGGAUCGUUUACAACGAGCACGAAAAAUGUUGACGGAUGGAAAGAGAAAAAGUACUCGACCAAGUGACGAGGAUGACAGUGGUCCGCAUGUUGUAGAUGCUGCCGAGAUUCGACAUGAAAUUGAGGCACUAAUGAACAGCAUACGCGUAUCGCAAGGCGAUCUGUCGUCGAUGAUUGAGAUGAUUAUUUCAAACGGAGAACAGCGAACACUUCCAGAUCGAAUUGACGUUGUCGGUCGGAUUGGAAUCUCACGAUUUGUGUCCACGGGUCAAGGCAGUCUAAUUCUGAUACGAGAUAUUGAGCGCUAUAUGCUUCUCUUUGUUGCAGCUGUGCGGCGAUACCAACGCUCGAGGGAAGCAGUUUGUGCGAGUGAGCGUGCAAGUGGGCCGUGUGUACGAUCCAUUCGAGCUGUGAAACGAGAAGAGUUGCGGGCGCUGCAAUUAGGCAUUGAAGACUCGAAAAAAGAGCUAUAUGAGUUAGCUGCCAUCGUUGCCGCAGACUUCACGAAGUUCGAGGACGCUCCAGAGGAUUCCAUACGGGAGGACACGGAUUUGAGUAUCUGUCAAAGGACUUAUCAGAUCUCUUCGCAGGGGUCGUCACCGAGUUCGUCGAAAAUUACGGACAGUGACGUAAAUGUAGACCCUGGCGAGGAUCGGUCUUCUAACCACCAAGGUUUGGUCUCUCCUCGGCUUGAGGGAGGUCAGUGGUUUGUAUAA